UGGCGGUGCUGUUCCAAGCGAAACGAAAUGCUGCUUGCAGCAGUCGGCCGAUUUAUCCUUUCGGCUGCCGGUCAACGUGGUCCUCAAACGUCAGUACAUCUCGUACAACAAGUAGCUCGUGCCAUGGCUUAUUCAACAGUGGUACGUGGUUCUCCGAACACAACGAGCUACAGCUUGUACUUCAAGUCUGGAGAUGCCUUUAUUUCACCCUUCCACGACAUCCCAAUGUUUGCCGACGAAGCGAACCAUACUUACAACAUGGUUGUUGAAGUCCCUCGAUGGACCAAUGCUAAGAUGGAGAUAGCAACGAAGGAGCCCUUGAACCCAAUCAAGCAGGACAUUAAGAAGGGCAAGCUACGUUAUGUGCACAACUGCUUUCCGCAUCACGGCUACAUUUGGAACUACGGUGCCAUCCCGCAGACUUGGGAGGACCCUGGGUUUGUGGACAGCAACACCAACUGCAAGGGAGACAAUGACCCCAUCGACAUCUGCGAGAUUGGAUAUCGGGUUGCAAAACGUGGGGACGUCAUCCAGGUGAAAAUUUUGGGCGUCAUGGCACUCGUGGACGAGGGGGAGACGGACUGGAAGUUGCUGGCGAUCGACAUCAACGAUCCACUGGCAAAGGACUUAAAUGAUGUCGACGAUAUUGAGAAGCACAUGCCUGGCAUGCUCAAGGCCACCCACGAAUGGUUCCGCAUCUACAAGAUUCCGGACGGAAAACCUGAAAAUCAGUUUGCAUUUAACGGGGAGGCCAAGAACAAGGAGUUUGCACAGAAGAUCAUUGCAGAGACUCACGAACACUGGAAGGAUCUCGUACAACGUAGCGACACAAGCCCCAUCAACUGCUCAACCACUACAUUGGUGGGCAACCCACACCAGAUCAGCCAGGAUGAAGCGCAAUCUCUUGUUGCUUCUACAUCAGAAAUGGGACCCGAUGCCGGCCGGGACCCAGUUGUUGACAAGUGGCACUACGUCACCCUCAAGUGAACGCAUCACACCUGUGACAUGAGCUCUUCCCGAAGGGCUCGACGCUGAACCCAGGAUAAUUCUUUGGCGAAUCGAUGAAUCACGACAAAGUUACGUUCUGUACUGCCACUCAUCAAUUGUAAUUGUUGUCAUUUAACCUCUCAGUUUGGAAGACGAAGGAUGUGAAAAUAAAAGACAUUGCUCUGGGA